CCGCCCCCCGCCCCCCUGCCGUGUCCUGCCCGCUGGGUGGGCGGGCACCUGGUGAACGGGUGCGCGCGUUCGCCCGGAAAGAAAAGGGGGAAUCCUCCCUCGUAAGCCCAGGGGGGGGAUCAGCCCCGACACUUGUUUCCGCAAAGAGUUUGCCACACAAAAGGACCCUCGUUCCUUGACCUUUUUGCACUCCCCUCCCCCGAACUCGACAUGUUCGCCCUUCGCUCCGCCUCCCUCCUCUCCCGCGGUCGCCUUUACUCCACCAUGACUCCCUGCGCUGCCUCCCAGGCCCUGCACGCCAAGUACCCCUUCCUCAAGGACCUUGGCAUCAACGCCGUCAACGAUGGUGUCUACAACGGCACCUGGGGCGGUAACGGUCCCGUUGUCACCUCCAUGAACCCGACCACCGGCGAGCCCAUUGCCCAGGUCAAGACCUCCACCGUCGAGGAGUACCACCAGACCGUCCAGAAGAUGAACGAGGCCAAGGCCCUGUGGGCUGCCGUCCCCGCCCCCAAGCGUGGUGAGAUUGUCCGCCAGAUCGGUGACGAGCUCCGCAACAAGAUCGAGCCCCUUGGCAAGCUCGUCUCCCUGGAGAUGGGCAAGAUCCUGGCCGAGGGCAUUGGCGAGGUCCAGGAGUACGUCGACAUUGCCGAGUACGCCGUCGGUCUCAGCCGCAUGCUCAACGGCUCGGUCAUCCCCUCCGAGCGCCCGAACCACAUGAUGUACGAGCACUGGAGCCCCCUCGGCAACGUCGGUGUCAUCUCGGCCUUCAACUUCCCGGUUGCCGUCUUCGGCUGGAACAGUGCCCUGGCCAUGGUUUGCGGUGACCUCACCGUCUGGAAGGGCGCCCCCUCCACCAACCUCUGCUCCGUCGCCGUGACCAAGAUCAUUGCCGACGUCCUGGAGCGCAACAACCUCCCCGGUGCCAUUGCCUCUCUGACCACCGGUGACGUUGACAUCGGCAAGGCCAUCGCCGCCGAUACCAACCUCCCGCUCGUGUCCUUCACCGGUAGCACUCACAUCGGUCGCAAGGUUGGCACUGUCGUCCAGGAGCGCUUCGGUCGCCCCCUCCUCGAGCUUGGCGGCAACAACGCCGUCAUCGUCAUGGAUGAUGCCGACCUCGACCUGGCCGUUCGCGGUGUGCUCUUUGCCUCGGUCGGUACCGCCGGCCAGCGCUGCACCUCCUGCCGCCGCCUCCUCCUCCACGAGAAGAUCCACGACGAGUUCAUCGAGCGUCUGACCGCCGCCUACAAGCAGGUUCGCAUUGGCGACCCCCUGGAGGAGGGCGUUCUCUGCGGCCCGCUCCACUCUCAGGUGUCCGUCGACAACUACCUGAACGCCAUCUCCCAGGUCGAGGCCCAGGGCGGCAAGAUCCUGUACGGUGGCAAGACCCUGCCCGAGCUCGGCCCCCACUUCGUCAUGCCCACCAUCACCGCCAUGCCGCAUGACGCCCCCCUGGUCCACUCCGAGACCUUUGCCCCGAUUCUGCACACCAUCAAGUUCAGCACCUUCGAGGAGGCCGUCCAGAUCAACAACUCCGUCAAGCAGGGUCUCACCUCGGCCCUCUUCACCAAGGACCCCCAGCAGAUCUUCAAGUGGAUCGGUCCCCUUGGCUCUGACUGCGGCAUCAUCAAUGUCAACAUGCCCACCAGCGGUGCCGAGAUUGGUGGCGCCUUCGGUGGUGAGAAGGAGACCGGUGGCGGUCGCGAGUCUGGCUCCGACUCCUGGAAGCAGUACAUGCGCCGCUCCACUGUCACCGUCAACUAUGGCUCCAGCCUCCCCCUGGCCCAGGGCAUCAAGUUUGACUAAGCGCGCCAUGUGUGUGUGUGUGUGUGCAUGUGCAUGUGCAUCACCGAAAGGUCUCCCCGGAGAUGGCGUGUGCUUUCUCCCUCUCUGCGCGUUUUCGGGGGAGAGGGGCUGCACACUUCUGGGGAAACUGCGCGCGGGCAUGCCUUCUUUCCUCCCCCUUUGCCGGUGCCUCGUUUUCCUCUGUGCCGCGCGUGUUGCAUCUGUCAUGCAUCCUCACUCCCCCCUCCCCUCCCCCCCCCCUGUGGGGAAACAAU